AGGUGAUGAAGUUUCAGGAUGAGUUAGAGUCUGGGAAAAGACCCAAGAAACCAGGCCAGAGUUUUCAGGAACAGGUUGAACACUAUAGAGACAAGCUGCUCCAGAGGGAAAAAGAAAAAGAGUUGGAAAGAGAACGGGACAGAGACAAAAAGGACAAGGAAAAAUCUGAGUCCAGGUCCAAAGAUAAGAAGGAAAAGGAGGAAUGUACACCAACAAGAAAAGAGAGGAAAAGACGACACAGUGCUUCACCUAGCCCGUCUCGCAGCAGUGGCAGUAGACGAGCAAAAUCUCCGUCACCAAAAUCUGAACGCUCAGAGCGCUCUGAACGGUCCCACAAAGAGAGUUCACGUUCUCGUUCAUCGCAUAAAGAUUCUCCCAGAGAUGUCAGUAAAAAAGCCAAAAGGUCGCCAUCUGGCUCCAGGACACCCAAAAGAUCAAGAAGAUCACGAUCCAGAUCCCCUAAAAAGUCAGGGAAAAAAUCCAGGUCUCAGUCCCGUUCUCCUCACAGAUCUCACAAGAAGUCAAAGAAAAGCAAACACUGACAAUGUUAAUAUUUUUUUAUGAUGCUGUCACUUACUGGAAAUGCGGUUUUGUUUUUGUGCCUGAACAGUCUGUUAAAAAACAAAAAAAGCAUUCCUGAUUUUUUUUUUUUUUUUUUUUUUUUUGGUGAAUGCACGUGUAUACUCAUGAGUAUCGGCAUCUGUAGACCUGUCAUUGUUUUAUAUUGUACAAAAUACCUUCAUUGUGACUAUUCCCCAAAUGAAACAUUUUUGUGUUUAGAAGUUUCAUCAGAAAUGUGUGUAACUGAUCUGCUGGCAGUAGUGAUAUUUUGUUUUAGAAUGUUGUGACAUAGCAGAAAUAACUCAAUUGUUCCCCCUUUUUGUAGCUUUGACAAUUUGAAUUAGAUUUCAAAUAAAAUCUGAACAGAAAAUUAA